GGCACAGAAGCUAAAAGCGCGAUAAAAAGAAUGUAUUCACAUCUGUGUUGCAGUUUGUUUCAGUUUAUUCAUGGCAGGUGUGUGUGUGAGGUCUUUCGCGCUUUUUAUCAUUGAAAAUAUAUUUUUCGUUCACAAAGCGGCACGAAUAGAGGUACAAAAUGCCACGGAUUAUGAUAAAGGGUGGUGUCUGGCGGAAUACAGAAGAUGAAAUCCUGAAGGCGGCUGUAAUGAAAUAUGGGAAGAACCAAUGGAGUCGUAUUGCAUCUUUGUUACACAGAAAAUCGGCCAAGCAGUGCAAGGCACGUUGGUUCGAAUGGCUAGAUCCAAGUAUAAAGAAGACCGAAUGGAGCCGAGAGGAAGACGAAAAGCUGCUUCAUCUUGCGAAGCUAAUGCCUACCCAGUGGCGAACCAUCGCGCCUAUUAUUGGUCGAACAGCUGCGCAGUGUUUGGAGAGAUACGAAUACUUACUUGACCAAGCGCAAAAGAAAGAAGAAGGAGACGAUGCCGUCGAUGAUCCUCGCAAACUUAAACCAGGUGAAAUUGAUCCCAAUCCGGAGACAAAGCCGGCGAGACCAGAUCCUAAAGAUAUGGACGAGGAUGAAUUGGAGAUGCUGUCUGAGGCACGUGCCAGGCUGGCGAAUACUCAAGGAAAGAAGGCCAAGCGUAAGGCGCGUGAGAAGCAAUUAGAGGAGGCGCGCAGGCUCGCCGCUUUGCAGAAGCGCAGAGAAUUGAGAGCCGCCGGUAUUACCGUGUCUCAAAAGAACAAACGCAAACGUGGCGUGAAUUAUAACACGGAAAUACCGUUUGAGAAACGACCAGCGUCCGGUUUCUACGACACCUCCAGCGAGCACGUCGAUCCGUUGGCGAUCGAUUUUUCCAGAAUGAGGCAGCAACAUCUGGACGGCGAGCUGCGGCAAGAGAAGGAGGAAAUGGAGCGCAGAAAGGAUAAGCAGAAGUUGAAGCAGCGCAAGGAAAACGAUAUACCAAUGGGUAUGCUCAACAACGAAGAGCCUGUGAAGAAACGGAGUAAAUUAGUUUUACCAGAGCCGCAGAUCUCCGAUCAAGAAUUACAGCAAGUCGUGAAACUUGGCAGAGCUUCGGAAGUCGCACGAGAAGUCGCCACCGAAAGCGGUAUUACGCUCUCCGACAGUUUACUGGCCGAUUACUCGUUACCCACGAAUGCAUCGGUAACACCUCGUACACCGGCCGCUACAGACAGAAUAUUGCAAGAGGCACAAAAUGUCAUGGCUCUUACGCACGUGGACACUCCGCUAAAAGGCGGAUUAAACACUCCGCUGAACAAUCCUGAUUUCACCGGCGUUGUACCGCCUGCCAAUGUUGUCGCCACACCGAAUACUAUUUUGGCCACUCCGUUCAGGUCGCAACGCAGCGACGGGACGCCCGUGAAUUCGUUCAACACACCGGGCGGGGCGUCGGUACGAACGCAAAAUGGGGUUUUAGCGGCGACACCCGUUCGCGAUAAGCUUAAUAUAAAUCCGGACGAGAACGUAGACGGUUCGGAAACCCCGCUCAUACAGACGCAGGCAAAGAGUUCGUUGCGCGCGGUAUUGAGUUCUUUACCCGCGCCAUGUAACGAUUACGAAAUAGACAUCUACGACGGAGAGACAAACGAGGAAAGUGCCAGUGCGCCUACAACCGAGAUGAUCGAAGACCAAGCUGACAUCGAUGCGAGACAACAGCAGGAAUUGUUAGAACAAAAAAAAAGAGAGCUGGCACGUAGGUCGCAAGUAAUUCAAAGAGAUUUACCACGACCUGCGGAUAUAAAUAUGAAUAUUUUAAGACCAUACAUGGACACACCACUGACCGAUUUACAGAGAGCAGAGGAAUUGAUAAAAAGGGAGAUGAUCACAAUGUUGCACUAUGACGCGCUGCAGAAUCCAACACAGUCCAAUCGGAAGAGCGCCGCAACAUCAUUAGCUCAGUCUCAAACUUAUUUGGAUCAACAUCCGUACGAGAUGUUCGAAGAGGACGAGCUUCAUAAUGCUAAGAAAAUGUUAACCGACGAGAUGGCAGUUGUGAAAGAAGGAAUGGCGCAUGGAGAAUUGAGCUUGGAUGCGUACACUACUGUAUGGGAAGAAUGUCUGUCGCAAAUUUUGUAUCUCGAAACACAGAAACGGUACACCCGCGCAACGCUGGCCUCGAAGAAGGACAGAGUGGAAGCAUGCGAGAGAAAAUUAGAGGAGAAUCGUAUGCAUAUGACAGGCGAAGCUAAACGCGCCGCGAGGAUGGAGAAAAAGUUGAAAGUACUUACCGGAGGUUAUCAAACCAGAACACAAGUAUUGACGAAGCAGCUGCACGAUUUGUGGGAGCAAAUAGAACAGGCGCAUCUCGAACUGUCAACAUUCAAGUUUCUACAGACGCAGGAAGAGGCUGCAGUGCCGAGAAGGAUAAAUGCGCUCAUGGAAGAUGUCAACAGGCAGACAGAGCGAGAACGCUCGUUACAAAUGCGAUACGCUCAGCUGCAAGAUCAGUUGCAGCAGUGUCAAUUAAAUGAUAUGUCCUAGGGAUAAUGCUUGCUGAAUACGUGCAGCAGAAUGUAAUAUGUAUUGCUUCUCUCACCUUAUGGAGCAGUACAUCAGAAUAUAAGAUUUAUACACUCGUGAAAAUAU